CUAGUGAAAACAGCGUCCGCCACCAGAACAGGCUUCUUUUUUAACAUAGCUCCUGUAAGUUCCUGGUCACCCUGUCGAUAAACAACACGGUCAAACCGCCACAAGAUGGCCCAGUGGCAGCAGCUGCAGCGGCUGGACUCGGCCUCCCAGACCCGGGUGACCCAGCUGUACGAGGACCGGAAGUUCCCCAUAGAGAUCCGCCACUACCUGUGCGUCUUGCUGGAGGGCCAGGACUGGGAUGCGGCGGCUGUGGAUGAAAAUAAAGCCAGCGCUUGUUUACAUGUACUGCUGGUGUAUUUGGAAGAAGAGUGGAAUCGUUCUGUCCAGGAGAACCUUUUAGAGGGACCUAAUUUUCAGCUGAUGAGAGACUACUUGCUGAAAAACUUUAAAGAUGAGCCUCUGAACUUGGCCGUAAUCCUCUCUGAAUGCUUAAAGGAGGAGAAGAAACUCCUGACCUCUGAAUCCCAGUCCAGCAAUGGAUCGGAAGUGGAAAGACUUGAUCCGGACGUGAAGAAGGAAAUUAAGUUACUGGAGUUACAAAAAAACAUCGAUGCCAUAAAGAAGAACUGGCAAAGCCGAGUAGAGGUGCACAAUGGACUGGCCCAGUCCUGUCCUUUUAGGGACGGGGAAUCUCUUAGGCGGACCAACUUCAUCACGAAAACAAAGGUACGCAUUGCUCUGGUGGUUGAGAAACAGCCCGUCAUGUCGAGCUUACCACAUUGACCUCAAGUACUAAAGAUAGGGGUGCGGUUCACAGUGGCAGUGAGGUUCUUAGCAAACCUCCCAGAAUUUAACUGUCUGCUCAAGGUCAAACCUGUAUUUGACAAGGAUGUUGAAGAAGCCAAGACAGUUAAAGGGUUCCGUCACUUUGUCUUCAACGAGGACUACUGUAGGGUGUUGGACGUGGACACGUCCUCUGGAGGCUUGGUGGCAGAAUUUGGACAAAUGUCACUUAACCUAAAACAGAAAGCCAAAGGAUCCAGUGAGAGUCCUCUGACAGUCACUGAAGAACUCCACAUCAUUAAGUUUGUGACGGAGUUUCAGCAUGCUGGACUGAAGUUUGACAUUGAGGCCAGCUCUCUGCCUGUGGUUGUCAUCUCCAGCACCAAUCAGGUGGUCAGUGCCUGGGCCUCCGUCAUGUGGUGCAACAUGGUGUCCAUCGGUGAACCCAGGAAUCUGUCGUUGUUUGCGGACCCUCCUCCGCUCACCUGGCAGCAGCUGUCGCACGUUCUGAGCUGGCAGUUUUUACGCGCUGGCCAACGGGAGCUCGACCAAAACCAGCUCUCCUAUCUGAGAGACAAACUUGUGGAUGGUCCUGGUGAUCUGGUUCCCUGGAGCAAGUUCUCCAAGGAUGAAAAUGCAUGGAUUUGGAUCGAUGGGAUCCUGGAUUUGAUCGACAAACACUUGGCGGAUCUUUGGCGCGAUGGACUCAUCAUGGGCUUCGUGAGCAGGAAGAAAUCCGAGGAUCUGUUGCAGGAAAAACCGAGCGGGACCUUUCUGCUCCGCUUCAGUGAGAGCAACAAAGAGGGAGCCAUCUCCUUCAGCUGGGUGGAGCACUCCAACGGGGACACCCAUGUGCACGCCGUCGCUCCCUACAUCAAGAAAGAGCUGGUGAACACUUCUCUGCCCUACAUCAUCAACACCUACAGUCUGAGAGCCGAGGGGAACAUGUACUGGAACCCUCUGAUCUACCUUUACCCGGACAUCAACAAAGACACCGUCUUCGGACAGUACAACCACACCUCAAGAAAGUCAACCCCUGGAAAGGACGGGUACAUUCCCAAAAGACGCAUGGACGUCUCACAAAGUCCUACGCCACCUCCCUCCCCACCCGUAGCCGAGGACUGGAACACAAUACAGGAGGACCUGUAUCAGGAACUCUUUAGAGAUUUACUCAACUCACCGGAAGACAUUUGGACAUCAUCUGGACACCAAGAGCUGGCACAGACUCAGAACGACUUCAGAUUGUGUUGAUUUGUAAAUGUGGCAGGUCACUGUGUCCCGAUCAGGAAGUUAUCAGGUAGACGUGUUUUAUUCUGUAAGUACAUGCAAUGAUUUCAGGUCAGGUGUCAGUAAUAGCCUUAUAUAAAGGUUAAAAUGAUGCAAAAGCCAUGAUCAACAUGAGCGUAAUGAUGUAAGAUUCUGCUAAAUGUACAGUAGAUAUUGAGCAAAGCUACAAGUUAAAAUAUUCAGGUUUUCUAAGAGGGAGUUUUAACUAAAUGUGGGGUGAUUUUCUGAUUUACUGUUUUAAAGUAAACUAUUUUUACUUGCACAUGAGUACUUUUCCCUCAGUAUUUAGAAGAUUAAAAUCUCAAUGCUGCGUGUGUAAACUCCAUACUGAACUGUAUAUGAUCUUUUCUUUGUUUAUUAAAAUAAACUCACCUGAAUGCAUUCCAGU